GAUCCCGGCCCCCCAGCGACGCGCGCCGGCGGAGCCCCCCAUGAAGCCGCCCGCCGCGCAGGGCAGCCCCGCGGCCGCCGCGGCCGCAGCCCCGGCCCUGGACUCUGCGGACGCGGGGGACCUGACGGACGCGCUGUGCGAGUUCGAUGCGGUGCUGGCCGACUUCGCGUCGCCCUUCCACGAGCGCCACUUCCGCUACGAGGAGCACCUGGAGCGCAUGAAGCGGCGCAGCAGCGCCAGCGUCAGCGACAGCAGCGGCUUCAGCGACUCCGAGAGUGCUGAAUCGCUUUAUAGGAACAGCUUCAGCUUCAGUGAUGAAAAACUGAAUUCUCCAACAGACAGCACUCCAGCUCUGCUCUGUCCUUCUGCUCCUGCUCGGAAAGCCAAACUUGGAGAUACGAAAGAGCUAGAAGCCUUUAUUGCUGAUCUCGACAGAACCUUAGCAAGCAUGUGAAACACGAAGUUCUGGGUCCUUCCAUCCUAAGGGAGAAGUUUCAGAAAGCUCAGAAGACCUGAUGAAAUCGGCUACAGAAUAUGCUGCUGGAGGGGGCAGAGAUGUUGCUCACCCACCACCAGGCUCGUCCUAAAAAUACACUUUGGGUUCAUCUCUGGGCCGGUUAGAGACUGACUUUGUUUACCUGCUUGCAGCGUAUUAGAGCAGAUGACUCACGCUAAUGUUGUAUUUCCUCUUAAAACAUAGCUUCUCUGUAAUUUAAAAUGCUUUUAUGAAAAUAUUUGUAAUUAAUUAUAUAUAGUUGGAAACAGUAAUAUGCUUUCCCCAUUAUAAUAUAUUUUUGUAUGCAAAUAAAGUUUGA